CAGAUAUAUACGCUUCCCUCCCCUCCCCUCCCCCCAUUCCCACCGCCGCCAUGUUCUCGCUCGCCCGCCCCACCGCCAGACCCGUCGCCGCACUCGCCAGACGUGCGCUCGCAACCUCCGCCGUCCUCGCACAGCUCAAGAAAACACCGCUCCAUGACUUCCACGUGCAGCACAAGGCCAAGAUGGUCCCCUUUGCGGGCUACAGCAUGCCCUUGAGCUACGGCGAGACAGGACAGAUCACCGCCCACAAGCACGUCCGAUCAGACGCCGGCUUAUUUGACGUCUCUCAUAUGCUGCAGCACAACUUUACAGGCCCUACUGCCCAGGAAUUCCUCUUGACCCUUUGUCCCUCGUCCCUCGACUCGCUCAAACCAUUCACCUCCACCCUGUCCGUUCUUUUGAACGAGCAAGGAGGUAUCAUUGACGACACCAUCAUCACCAAGCACAGCGAUUCUGCUUUCUACGUCGUCACUAACGCCGGCCGAUCCGUCGAGGACAAGGCCCAUAUCUCGCAAAAGCUCGAAGAGUGGAAUGCCGCCCACAAGGGACGAGAAGUCAAGUGGGAGACUCUUGAAGGCUGGGGUCUUUUAGCACUCCAGGGCCCCAAGGCCAAGGAUGUGCUUCAGCGAGUCACUGACCAGGACUUGAACAAAGUGAAAUUCGGUUCAAGUGUCUUUGCUGAUAUCAAGACGAUGGACGGUCAAACCGUCAAGUGUCAUGUGGCCAGGGGCGGCUACACUGGCGAAGAUGGCUUUGAAGUAUCGAUUCCUCCAGAGCAUACUCUCGCUCUUUCCAACACCAUCGCUUCUCAUCCUGACGUCAUGCUUAUCGGUCUUGGCGCUCGAGACUCUCUCCGUCUCGAAGCUGGUAUGUGUCUCUACGGCCACGAUCUUGACGAAAGCGUGAGCCCCGUGGAAGGCGGUUUAAGCUGGGUCAUUGGCAAGGACAGACGCGCGCCCGACGCUCAGCCGUCUUUCCCUGGAAAAUCGAGAAUCCUCGAGGAACUUGCCAACGGACCUUCCAGGCGAAGGGUCGGCUUUGAGGUUAUAGGUUCCCCAGCGAGAGAAGGUUGUAAAGUCUUGGAUGCGCUGGGUGAAAAGGAAAUUGGUGUAAUCACUUCUGGUAUUCCUUCCCCUACACUCGGCACAAACAUCGCCAUGGGAUACAUUGCCAACGGAUCCCAUAAAAAGGGUACCGCAGUCAAAGUCGAGGUGAGGAAAAAAUUGAGGGAUGCCUUCGUCAAGCCCAUGCCGUUUGUGCCUACCAAGUACUUCAAGUGAGGUAUAUUACCGUUCAUAGCGUAUUGGAAACAGUUGUCAGAUCGCAAAAUUGCAAAAGCUAGGGAAUAAUCUUCAUGCAUUGGGUAUAAGCG